CAUUAUCUUUCUCAGUUGGUUAAUAACAACAAUACAUUGUUAAAACAAUUACCUUGUGAUAUUUGCAGAGUGUGACUUAAUAGGCAGAACAACUUCAAUCAAUUCAAAAAUAAGAAUAACCGUAUCAAUCAUGAUAAAAAGACUUCAACAAGAACAAUAUGAAUAAUUAGGCGAUAUUGUUCACUGUUUCUGCUCUCUUCACUACAUGCAUAAGUACGUACAACUGCUGGUGUUGGUAUAGCAAAGUAUAAUUUAUAAUUGCAAUUAAAUUCCUAUCGACAAUGACAUGGCGAUUAAUUUUAUUAAUUUUCUGUUUAUUUUUUUCAAUUGAAUGUUCUCAAUAUUGUCAGAAACAAUAUCAGUGUGGCAAUGAUAUUCACACAAUGUGUAAAAGAGGGCAAUGUGGGCCAAGCAGUGCUUGUGGGGAGAAUUUUGUGGCCCUAGGGAUGAAUAAACAGACUAGAAAAUUUGUUUUAGAACUUCAUAACGGAAUAAGAAAUAGAAUAGCUCUAGGAAAAAUAAAAGAAGGUAACAAUGGUGAAGCCGCAAAUAUGCACGAACUUGUAUACGAUAAUGAACUGGAAAAAAUAGCUCAGUGUUGGGCAAAUUAUUGCGAGAAAGAUGGUUUCCGUCAUCCUCACGAUUCUUGUAGAAAAACUAAACAAUUCAAUUAUGUAGGACAAAAUCUAUAUUUAAUAAAGAUGCAUUUCGGGAAUUUUACUAGUACACGUUUCAUCGAACAGUCCAUCAACGGCUGGUACAGCGAAAUAAAGUACAUGGACAAAACCAUCAUAGACCGAUUUCAUGGCAGCGAACGUGGCAAUGUUGGACAUUUUACUCAAAUGAUUUGGGCUGAAACAACUCACAUAGGUUGCGGCAGAACUCAAUACGGAAAAGGAAAAAAUUUUUAUUUUCUUUUUAUCUGUAACUACGGAAUAGGUGGAAAUGUAGCGGGGGAUGCUGUUUAUACAAGAGGAAAACCAUGCAGUCAAUGUGGAAAAAUAGGUUGCAGUAGCAGAUAUAAAGGACUCUGUGCAACCAAAGAUUUGAGUAUUAUAGGCAGUAGAACGGUGAUAAAAAGUGUUUGGGUUAACUUGAUAGUGUUGAUUGCAAUUAUUUGUAAUUACCUGAAGGCCUUUUUGAAAUACGUUCUAAAUAAAUUGUGAGCAACAAAACAGGGUGUCACAACGUAUUUUAACUAAUCUAAAUGGAUCAGACUGAUUUUGUGAACAAAUUAAAAUAUAAUUUUAAUAAACAGUUUAACAAAUGAAAA